AUGUCAAACGGUUGGGACCUGCCGAGUGCAGAUGAUUUUAUAAUACCAGAUGAAGAUGUGGCUAGUCAAGUUCCACCCAAGCAAACACAUCAACAAGCAGCUUCAGGACCUUCUAAUCAACUGACAUCUCAAAAACCUUCUGGCUGGAAGCCUAAAGUGGAUUUAUCCUCGGCAUUCACUCCAUUCACUUCGGCAAAAGACUUUUCUAAUGGAAACCAAAUUAAGGAACGUCAAUACACUGGAGGGGAUACUUUGGAUGAACCCAUAUGGCAGACCUUAAAGAGAGAUCUCUUACGGAUCGGAAAGCGGUUAGCUAUAGUUAUUUGGCCAAUGCAGUUGAGCAAAUUAGCUAAGAAGCAGCAGAAUAGACUUAUUGAUUUCGCUAGUGGUAAUGGUAUUCAACUUCCUCAACAAAUCUUAGAUAGCCGUAGGAUAUCGGUUUCUGAAUAUGACGAAGAAGAUACUGCUGGUAUGAAUUUGAGCGAAUCAGUUAACGUAGGAACGCUCGACUGGGAUCUUUGGGGACCCUUGAUUUUUUCAUUAUUAUUUUCGGCUACAUUGGGGUUUGCAAGCUCGAAUAAUCAGGCAAAUCUGGUUUUUUCGGGUUCUUUUUCCUUUAUCUGGAUAUUCUUUAUUGUCGUCGGAUUAAAUAUUCAGCUUCUCGGAGGAAAUAUUUCAUUCAUGUCUGCGAUCAGUGCAACAGGAUAUUCGAUGUUUCCAAUAGUGAUAGGUGAACUAUUAUGUUCUUUGCUCUUAAAGUGGAAAAUAAUACGUCUUGCCGUAAUCGCAAUUUUAAACACAUGGAGCAUAUAUGCAGCUAUGAUGAGUCUAAAAUGCUCAGGGGUUCUUCCUGGGAGGGUCUUCUUGGCUAUGUAUCCAGUAGGUCUUAUGUAUUCGGUGUUAAGCUGGUUAGUUGUUAUAACUUAG